AUGGAGAAAAUAGUAGCAGUUUUAGUGGUCUGUUGCAGCAUUGUAGGGCUUGCUUCUGCUCAGUUAAAAGUAGGGUUUUACAGCUCAAGUUGUCCAAGGGCGGAAUCGUUAAUACGAGAUGCCGUGCAACAACGUUUUAAGAUGGAUCGUUCCAUCACGGCUGCGUUACUUCGAAUGCAUUUUCACGAUUGCUUUGUUCAGGGAUGUGAUGCAUCAAUAUUAAUACAUUCCGAAUCCGGGGACGCGGAGAAGGACGCGUUCCCGAACGAAACUGUCCGCGGCUACGACCUCAUCGACAUCGCCAAGAGGGCGGUGGAGGCCGCCUGCCCCAACACCGUCUCCUGCGCGGACAUAAUCACCCUCGCCACUCGCGACGCGGUGGCCCUCGCGGGCGGCCCCAAGUACGACAUCCCCACGGGCCGCCGCGACGGCCUCAUGUCGGACAUCAGAAAAGUCGACCUCCCUGGCCCACAAGAGUCGGUCGCCCAGGCCUUCAUCCCCUUUCGAGACAGGGGCUUCACCCUAAAUGAAAUGGUCACACUUUUAGGAGCACAUUCCGUAGGCGUUGCGCAUUGCAAUUUUUUCGAGGAUCGGCUCGCCAAUUUCCAGGGCUCCGGGAAGCCCGACGCUACCAUGGACGCGGGAUUGGCGGCCCGGCUGAGGAAAAUCUGCGGGACGGGGAACAAUCCGGCGGUUUUCCUGGAUCAGGGGACGUCUUUUGUGAUGGAUAAUCAGUUCUACAAUCAGAUUUUGGCAAAGAGAGGGAUACUGGAGAUUGAUCAGAGGCUGGCCCGGGAUAGGUCGACCGGGCCGAUUGUUGCGGGCUUCGCGUUGAACGGGACUGCGUUUCAGAGGAGUUUUGCGACGGCGAUGGUGAAGCUGAGUAAGACUGGUGUUCUGUUCGGGAAGGCUGGGGAGAUAAGGAAGAAUUGCAGGGCUUUCAAUCCUAAACGAGGCCAACGAGUUUAA